GGGGCUCGGGCGCGCCGGGCACCGCGGGACCCAGACCCCGACGCCGCCCGCCGCGGGGGACGCGCGCCCCCACCUCCGGGACUCCCGCGGAGCUCCAGACAAAACCCCAAUUCAGAAAUAGGUUGCGAGCGGCAGGCGAGGAAGCUUGGCCCCCACCGCGGACCUCCGCCGCCCCCGGGGCCGGCGGCUGGCGGAGCAAUGAGCCAGGUGCUGGGGAAGCCGCAGCCGGAGGGCGAGGACGACGACGAGGAGGAUGAGCUCGUGGGGCUCUCGGACUACGGGGACGGGCCCGACUCCUCGGACGCCGACCCGGACAGCGGGGCGGAGGAGGGAGUUCUGGACUUCAGUGAUCCCUUCAGCACAGAGGUGAAGCCAAGAAUUUUGCUCAUGGGCCUGAGAAGAAGUGGCAAGUCGUCUAUUCAGAAAGUGGUCUUUCACAAAAUGUCUCCCAAUGAAACGCUGUUCUUGGAGAGCACAAACAAGAUCUGCCGGGAAGAUGUUUCCAACAGCUCCUUCGUGAACUUUCAGAUUUGGGACUUCCCAGGACAGAUUGACUUUUUUGAUCCUACAUUUGACUAUGAGAUGAUCUUCCGGGGCACAGGAGCACUGAUAUUUGUCAUUGACUCCCAGGAUGAUUACAUGGAAGCCCUUGCCCGGCUCCACCUCACGGUGACCCGGGCCUACAAAGUGAACACCGACAUCAACUUUGAGGUGUUUAUUCAUAAAGUGGAUGGUCUGUCAGAUGACCACAAAAUUGAAACCCAAAGAGAUAUUCAUCAGAGAGCAAACGAUGACCUUGCAGAUGCUGGAUUAGAAAAAAUUCACCUCAGCUUUUAUCUGACAAGCAUAUAUGAUCACUCAAUAUUUGAAGCUUUUAGCAAAGUCGUUCAGAAAUUGAUUCCUCAACUCCCUACCCUGGAGAACUUGCUAAACAUCUUUAUAUCAAAUUCUGGAAUUGAAAAGGCUUUUCUGUUUGACGUGGUCAGUAAAAUUUAUAUUGCAACCGAUAGCACCCCCGUGGAUAUGCAAACUUAUGAGCUCUGCUGUGAUAUGAUAGAUGUGGUUAUUGACAUUUCUUGUAUUUAUGGUCUCAAAGAAGAUGGAGCAGGAACCCCCUAUGACAAGGAAUCAACAGCCAUUAUAAAGCUGAAUAAUACAACAGUUCUUUACUUAAAAGAGGUGACAAAAUUCCUGGCUCUUGUUUGCUUUGUCAGAGAGGAAAGCUUUGAAAGAAAAGGGCUUAUUGAUUAUAAUUUUCAUUGCUUCCGGAAGGCCAUUCAUGAAGUUUUUGAGGUGAGAAUGAAAGUGGUAAAAUCUCGAAAGGUUCAGAAUCGUCUACAGAAAAAAAAAGGAGCUACUCCCAACGGGACCCCUAGAGUGCUGCUGUAGGUGAGGUUCCAGGAAUGUCUCUUGAAAUCAGACCUUUCAGUGAGGCUGCUACGCUGUGUUGCACUAAAGGAAGAAGGAAAAAGGAGAUUGGAACACAUGCCAUGGAAUUGUUGUUUAAACAAAAAAUCCUGCAACCCUCUUGAUCGUCUCUUUUUUCAAUAAAGUAAGCACUUUGAAGCAAAAACUUGUAUAUUAA